AUGGAAGGUAAUAGGGUGCCCCACCGCUACAACUUCUUCGCUGCUGAGUCCUCUGAGCCUAUUGAUGCAAGCGCCCCCUUGGGGAAGCUUCCAGAACGACUGGCGCCUGUUGCUUUGCGCGAGACAAUAUACGUGCAGUUGGAGACUCUCCAGGCGAUUGACAGGACUGAGCGACUCAUGAACACGGCGACAAACCUCGGUGAGGAGAGCAAACAACAGCUCAGUCAGGACAAGGUGAUUAUUGAAACUAUUGACAACAUAUUGGAGAGUAACGAGUCAGUUCUACAACGAGUGAUACGCGAUGUGCACUGGUUUCGAGUGCAGUUGCAGAAGGACAAACUAUUCGUCUGCCUAUCUGUCAUUGUGGUUAUAUUGUCUGUAGCUGCUAUUGUCGUAGCUGUUGUAUACAAGCAGCGAGGCUAG